CGUCACGAUCCCGCGGCCCGCGCGUCAUCGUCCCGUGCGCGCCGCGCUCCGUGCUGCGUCGUGACGCCACCGCCUUUCGCCUUGCCCGAGCCCAACACGACGGCGCGCGCAGGAAGGUGGUGGCCGACGCCGCAACCGAACGACGACCGCCAACCAACCACCACCGCCAGCAUCAUCAGCAGCAGCAACAACAGCGAGCGAGCGAGCGAUCGGUAGCCGCCGCCGCAGCAGCAGGAGCAGCAGGAGGAGGAGGCGGCGUCUCUGUUAACAGAGCGACGCGUUGACGCGCUCGCGACAAGUCCGUAACGAGAGCGGCGGAAGCGGCCAGUGAGCGAGAUAGCCGCUGUGGAAACCGUGUGGACGUCCGCGGACCGCAUUCUGCCAUCAUGAGUAAAUGCAAGUUGGAGACGCAGUUCUACAGCGUGGAGGUUGGAGAUUCCACCUUCACCGUCCUCAAGCGCUACCAGAACCUCAAACCCAUCGGCUCGGGUGCUCAGGGCAUCGUCUGUGCGGCGUAUGACAUCAUGCAGAAUCGGAACGUCGCCAUAAAGAAGCUGAGCCGCCCUUUCCAAAACCAGACGCAUGCCAAGCGCGCCUACCGGGAGCUGGUGCUCAUGAAAUGUGUCAAUCACAAAAACAUCAUCUGCCUUUUUAAUGUAUUCACGCCACAAAAAUCACUGGAGGAGUUUCAAGACGUGUACCUCGUGAUGGAACUGAUGGACGCGAACCUCUGCCAGGUGAUUCAGAUGGAGCUGGAUCACGAGAGGAUGUCCUAUCUCAUCUACCAAAUGUUGUGUGGAAUCAAGCAUCUACAUUCAGCUGGCAUCAUCCACCGUGACUUAAAGCCAAGUAACAUUGUGGUAAAGUCCGACUGCACUCUGAAGAUCCUGGACUUUGGGCUUGCCCGCACGGCUGGCAACAGCUUCAUGAUGACCCCCUACGUGGUGACACGUUACUACAGAGCCCCCGAAGUCAUUCUGGGCAUGGGCUACACAGAGAACGUGGAUAUCUGGUCUGUGGGCUGUGUGCUUGGGGAAAUGAUUCGUCAUCGCAUCCUCUUCCCAGGCAAAGACUACAUCGACCAGUGGAACAAAAUCAUCGAGCAGCUGGGCACGCCCAUGGCGGAGUUCAUGAAGAAGCUGCAGCCCACCGUGCGCAACUACGUGGAAAACCGGCCCAAGUACGCCGGCUACAGCUUCGAGAAGCUCUUCCCCGACGUGCUCUUCCCGGCCGACUCCGAGAACAAUCGUCUCAAAGCAAGCCAAGCCAGGGAUCUACUGUCCAAGAUGCUUGUGAUCGACCCAGCCAAGCGGAUAAAUGUCGAUCAGGCACUAGCACACCCCUACAUCAACAUCUGGUAUGACCCCAGCGAGGUAGAAGCGCCUCCACCAAAGAUUUAUGACAAGCAGCUGGAUGAGAGAGAGCAUAGCAUAGAUGAAUGGAAAGAGCUAAUCUACAAAGAAGUGCUGGACUGGGAGGAGAGGAAUCGGAAUGGAGUGGUGAAGGGACAGCCCUCCCCCUCGGUCGGCACAGUGAGCGCGGCGGCGGCGGCGGCGGCGGCGGCGGCAGCGCCCAGCGACGCGCCAAGCCUUCCGCCGUCGUCCUGCUCGCCCAUCAACGACGUGUCGUCCAUGUCGACGGACCAGACGCUCGCCUCCGACACGGACAGCAGCCUGGAGACGUCCGCAGGGCCCCUCGGCUGCUGCAGGUGACUAGCCGACUGCCUGCGCCACCCUUGCCACCCGUGCCCUUAGCAGUGCACGCGCUGUGCAGUGGGUGCCACCAAACCAAAAUCCCGCCCCCCCCCCCCCCAUUCCCCCGCAAAGGCCAGUCACGAUGCGACGGCGCUCAGGGUAGCCUGCUUAGAAAUCACUGGAAGCGCCGACACGAUAGUUACGCCUUAAAGUCAACGUCGAUAGCAAACUAGGGUCAUCUCGUUUGCAUGACGUUUACACGGUGGCGUAGGCCACUGCAUGCUGUAGGUAGUUGUGACUGAUCUAAAUAUCGCUCGAGAUUUGCCAAGUUUCCGAGUGCCCCCCCCCCCCCCCCCCUCAUGAAGGCUUGCCCCAGGCUAAAGACGUAGCUGUGUGCUGAAGCUGGAUGGGACAGAGGAAUAUUGUCGGGUCCAAACUGCUGCAAGGCAACACUCGUCAUAAACAGUGAUUUGGAUAUGUAAAAAGAAUGGCGUGCUUAAAUUUUUCGCCUUCACUCGGGUUAAAAAAAAUUUGCACAAAAUCGGGCAGGUGUUUUUUUCCGAAAUAGAUAUUAUUGCUUCCAGUGAUUUCAAUUGGCCCUCGCCGUAAUGCACAAACACAUUAAAUACGAACUGCUUUAAUUAGUUUCCUUUUGGUUACCUGGUCACUUAAAAGCCCUUUGCAUCAGGCUUUCUGCUCAUUUAGCUUCUAUCCAUGCAAGCUGGGCAACUCCUAUUUAUUUGUGUUCAAAUAUGUUUGGCCUGAAAUGUGCCAAAAAUAAGUAAUUUUAGACGCACAAAAAAUCCCACAAAGUGAUCUCAUUUAUAUCGAUAUUUAAAGCGCAACAGCGCUUGCUAUUUGCAGAUGGUGGCUUGGUUUAAUUAAGUCUGGGCUGGCUAGGAACGUUCACUAUAAAAUAAGUUUAGUUAAUUCUCUUAACUAAAUCAAGUGGUGGUGGCUGUGAGCGAUACGAAUGGUGCUCAAGCCUCCAGGAUUUACAAUGAUGCAUUUAUGAAUGGCCUUUUUUGUAAUUCGAUGGGCUAGGCAUUUUUGACGGUGUUGCUAUUUAAUCCGUGCGUUUUCAUUACGCGACGUUGCCGGCAGUGACGUACGGCCGCUGCAUGAUGCUCGUUUGCGAUGGGUUUUUUUUAAACCACGCUGUCGACGUUACCAGGGCUGCAUGCGACUAUAUACCAAUGAGACGCGCGCUGUUACGGCAGAGCGGCAAACUGUGCGAAACCUCAAGAUGCUGUCGUUUGUCCUUUUUGUGUGUGUGUGUGUGCGCGCGCACGUCUGUCUUUAUUUGUCUCUUUGUUUUUAGCGAUGAUUAAGGGUUCGGUGAGCAAGUUAAUUUAUGAGCGCUGGUCAGGUUGCGAUGUAUUUAUUUAUCUAUUGCUUACUUUGUUUUGUACUCGACGAAAAGUGCAUUUGACGAUGGCAUUCAAGUGUUAGUUGAAUGUGGGGGGACGGGUUUGUCGGUGGGUGGAUGGAUUUGGCAUGUGCGAAGAUGGUUGAGGCGAAAGUGAAUCGGCAAAGCGUGGGGAGUUUGGUUAAGUGGAAACAAGGCUUGGUAGGUGAAAAUACUUCGGGAUAUCGGAGUGGCGUACGAAAGAGACCAAUUAUAUUUUGAGAUUUGAGAAUACUUUAAGGUGAAUAUUAAUAGAUUCAAAAAGUAAUUACUUUCAGCAGAGCUGACUAUCAAGUGAUUUUAUUUUAAGAUGUAAACUGCAUUAGGGUUAUAUACUUCAAAUGUAAAAAAAAAACUAACACAUUGAUACCACAUUAUGGCUCACAGUAUACAACAGCCUAUAAAGUAGCACCCAGAAUGCUCAUGCAUGUUUAAAUUAUAUUGUUACUACUGUUGUCAUGUAAUAAACUAAAGCUUAAUCAAAAAACAUUAAAUCAUGUUUUCUUUUUUAAAAGCCAUUGUCUUUAAAUGUUACGUUGAAGUACUUUGUUAUAGUUUACAAAGCUUGUAUUCAUUUAUUGCCUUUAAAUAACCCCUUUAUGCUGCGUUUAUUAAUCACUCUCACAUCAGCACCUGGCUCAAUAGAAACCUGUGUUGGCACCAUUUCAAUUCAGAAAUGAUUUGAGUAAUUUGGCAAAAAAUAUAUAUAAUCUAAAAUAUAAUACACUACACAAAAGCAAACAACAUCUGUAACUUGGCGAAAUAAAAUGGCGUUUUUUUAGCGGAACGAAUGUCGUCAUCAAGUAAAUAUUGUAUUUGGCAUUCGAAUAUAUAUUUUAACUUCCCAAAUGAGAAAAAAAAAAUCCCAUUACCGCACUCUUCAAUUUCUGCUACACCGUUUCUAUUGACCGUGGCCCACUUGUCUCGUGCACCGCAAACAAAUGCGUUCAUUGUGCUGGCGCUUGAGUCGCGGCAGUGCAUGCGGAUUGGCGGCGGCUUUUGCAACCGAGCCGCGUCGUCGACGUCUAACCGCCCCGGCGUGCCGCACCGUUUUUCACCUCGCUCUCCUCUGCUUGUGUUGUAGGUGUUCCAUUACCAAUGGGAAGUGAGAGGGGCAGUGGGAAGAUGUUGCGUACUGUGUUGCCGUGACUCGCCGGCCCGUUGUGAGCAGGUCGGCAUGUCUCGGUUUGAAACCGCCGCACCUGUGCACACUCUUGCUGCUCUUCCGUCCUGUCACGGCCGGCCACUUUGCAAGGACACCGUUGCGCCACAACAAAAACCCGCAGCUGCCCAAGUAGAAUGCGCAGGAUUCGCCUGCGUCGUUCAACCAGAACGAACUUUUUGUUUUUACCUUUCAAUUUUUGCUUUAUAUAUUCGCCUGUAUUAUACGUUGUAAAUCAAAUUUGGAUUCUGCCUAGGAUUACAGUUGAUCGUGUAUUGUGGCCUCAUUGAAUGCAUUGGUUUAUAUUUUACCGCCCAUUUAACUGGCCAACAAUCAAAAAUGUUGUGGCCUCGCGUAGCAGACAUGUACUCCACUUGUCUGGUUUAAAAAUGUAUAAUUUAAAUCUACAUUUUGGUACAACCGUAGUUUGCAGAGGGAUGGGGAAAAAAACAUUUUUUAAAAUACAUGUUAUACUUCCAAUAUUAAAAACGGCGUUAAAUGCAACACAUAUGCCAAUGAUUUACUGCAUGUAAAUUGUCCAAUGUAACAUUGCGAUGCUUAACAAUUAUUUCGCCGUACAACUUUGCAGAGUGCUUUGAGUGUUGCGUUUUUUUAUUACGAGCAAAUUAGCGCGAAAUAAGCUGCAUGAACGCCCUAUUACAAAAAUAUUAGAAUAAUUAGCUACUACAUAUUCUUAAACUGUAGUGACACAACAGGUCAGUUGUGUUCAGACAGAACACUUUACAUUCUCAUGGGCCUUGGCCAUAUAAACACAAUCCUUUGACAUACAUGCUCUGUAAGACAGUAACUGGCUUUUUGGAAUUUUCUGUUAAGACAAAUGUAUACCAGUUAUCUCGAUAAACAUUGAGGGUGUUAUUAUUCCAAGA